AUGGCUGUGGGAUGGGAUUGUACGGAUUGCGGGUUAAAGGGGUACUGGAUUGGGGAGGGGUUAUGGGAUUGGCCUCAAAAUUUCGAAUCUGAACGAACUCCUGUAGGAUUAGAUUCCAGAAUGAAGCAAACCGAAAAUUCCAAAAAAAUCGGGAUUAAGAAACAUUACUCGUACUUUUCAAAUCUAAACUAACCUAAAAUAUUUUAAGACCAAGGUUUUCGGUUUGCUUCAUUCUGGAAUCUUCACCUUUCUCUAGAAAAUUUUUUUUGAAUUUAUUUUUAGUGAAAACCCAAGACAAUGUUCUCUAUGGGUAGUUGGAAUUAAUUUUAGCAACAAAAUUGAUAAUUGGGAAGUUGCUAAGAGGCUUAUAAAUAUUGUUUAUGUUCAAUUUCAAUGGUAUACAAAAAAUAAUGUAAAAAUUCAAACAAUACCGGUUCAAUCAAAAAAUCUACAAGAAAAGCAAAAAAUGAUGAAAAAUGUACAAAUUUAGAGGAAAUUUCCAUUACGGGCAAAAAUAUAGAGAAAAGCGAAGCUAAAUUAAGAAAACAAAAUA